AUGAUCAGCUCUUCUCGUUGUUUACGUGCGAACACUAUGUUCACUGAGCAGAGGCGGCUGACGCGCGGCGCGGGCAUUCCGGACACCAGAGGUAUGACCCACUUGCGCCGCCGGUGCAUUUUUGAGCGAGCAACCGUCGCCGCGAGAGCAUCGGCGCAACCGUCGAGACUGGUCGCUUACGCAACCGCCUCGAAAUACACCCGCAGACACUCGGUGCGCGAACUGUUGCUUUUACGGAAGCGAAUCGACUCGUGCUCAAUGUCCUUCGUGAAGCGAUUUCGAAGUGCGCCUUUUGUCGUCGAGCCG